AGCGGAGCGGAGCGCGGCGCCGGGCCGCGGCCCGGUUCCCGAGCCCGGCGGUGGGGAGGGGGGACGAGGCUGCCCGCCCCCCUCCCCCGACUCGACAGCUGGGUGCGGAGGCCCGGGGAGGAGGGAGCGGCCGGAGCUGCCCGUGGGGCCCGGCCCGCGGGGGAAGGCCCGGCCCGGGCGGGCUCCCCCGGCCCGCUGCGGGAGCGGGGAGCUCGGCUGCGGCUGGGGAGGAGCCGGAGGUCACCUCCGCCCCGGGGAUCCCUUCUCCUACGUCUGUCGCUAAUCUGGUUGCACUUAAAGUGUUUUCUCCCUUUUCCGCUCCCUUCCUGCCUUCCCCAGCGGUUGCUGCCGUGUCACUCAUUUCCCUGCCUGCCCCGACUGACACCUGUGGCAGGGGUGUGAAGGAGGGGGGCAGAGCCUGGGCCAGGCCGGCAUCUCCUCGUUGACCUUCCUGUGUUGGAAAGGGAAUGGGGUAUUCUGGGUGCUGGGCAGAGAGAAUUGCUUCCUCCUGCUUGUUCCCAUUCUAAGGUGGGUCGGUAAAGCUGUAGUGGGUUUUGCGUUGUCUGACACCGGCUGACACCUGGACCAGUGGUGGUGACACAUCAUGUGCCACGCGGAAUCCAGGUGGUUGAAGGAUGCCCCUGGGAGAUCUUGAUAGGCACCGAAGGCCUCAAACUUUUGUAGGCGUGAAAAGCGAAGACGUUAGAAUUGUUUCUGAAAACUCCUUCAAAGAAACUUGUUUUCAGCUUCCAAACGGCUGAAAGAAAACCCUCAUCAGUGCUCAUAGCUGGAUGGUGAGGACAGCAGGGCAGAAACGUUUACCCUGCCAUCCACUUUGGAGUUGGUGGCUAUGAUCUACUAGGAAUGGAAAGUCACGAAAGAGACUCGGUAAUUGUCUGUUUUUAUGUGGUGGCCUAAAAUCCCAGAGGAUGACCUAGCACUUAAGAAUCAAACUGGGCCAAACUAAAGGCCAAGUUGACUUGAAAGAACCCUAGCAGUGGGACCAGGUCAGAAGCAAAGCAAGUCCCAAACUGAGUGUAUCUUGUCAAAGAUAUAUGUUCUUUUUAAAAGACAUUGUGUUACUGGAGCCAGGCCUGGAUCUUUUAGCAUCCAGUUGAGCUGGAAGCAACUCAUAGGUUUGUUUUGUUUUUGGGUUUUUGUUUGUUUGUUUUUUUAUUCAUGUUUGUACAAUCUUCUGGAUUUUUUUUUUUAAGAAGGAGUAAAAGGGAGUGUUGGAAACUAACAAACAGGAUUAAAACCCUGAGCGCAUAAGGAAAACAGGUUAAGGAACUUAAUCCAGGAUGGAUAUGCAGGAGCCACAGCAGCUGGGUAUGUUUGCAGAGAGUGAGCUGAUGUCUGUGGGGAUGGACACUUUUAUCCAUCGCAUUGACUCUACGGAGGUCAUCUACCAGCCCCGGCGGAAAAGGGCCAAGCUCAUUGGCAAAUACCUGAUGGGAGACUUACUUGGAGAAGGGUCUUAUGGCAAAGUCAAGGAGAUGUUGGACUCUGAAACCCUCUGUAGAAGAGCUGUGAAAAUUCUGAAGAAGAAGAAGCUACGCAGAAUUCCCAAUGGGGAGGCAAAUGUGAAAAAGGAAAUUCAGCUCCUGCGACGAUUACGGCACAAAAAUGUUAUCCAGUUGGUAGAUGUAUUAUACAAUGAAGAGAAGCAGAAAAUGUAUAUGGUGAUGGAGUACUGUGUGUGUGGGAUGCAGGAAAUGCUGGACAGUGUCCCAGAAAAGAGGUUUCCAGUUUUUCAGGCUCACGGGUACUUUUGUCAGCUUAUAGACGGCUUAGAAUACUUGCACAGCCAAGGGAUUGUCCACAAGGAUAUAAAACCGGGGAACCUCCUGCUAACAACCAAUGGGACGCUAAAAAUAUCCGAUUUAGGCGUAGCAGAGGCAUUGCAUCCGUUUGCAGAGGAUGACACGUGCAGAACGAGCCAAGGGUCGCCAGCAUUCCAGCCACCAGAAAUUGCCAAUGGCCUUGACACCUUUUCAGGCUUUAAAGUAGACAUCUGGUCCGCAGGGGUCACACUAUACAACAUUACAACGGGUCUAUACCCUUUUGAAGGGGAUAAUAUCUAUAAAUUAUUUGAAAACAUCGGGAAAGGUGACUACACAAUUCCAGAGGAUUGUGGUCCUCCACUCUCAGACUUAUUGAGAGGGAUGCUUGAAUACGACCCAGCCAAGAGAUUUUCAAUACAGCAGAUAAGGCAGCACAAUUGGUUUCGUAAGAAACACGCUCAGGCAGAGGCUCUGGUGCCCAUACCUCCCAGCCCCGAAACAAAGGACAGGUGGAGAAGCAUGACGGCGGUGCCUUAUCUGGAAGAUCUGCAUGGCUACAAUGAGGAAGAAGAUGAUGACUUGUAUGACAUUGAAGAUGAUAUCAUCUACACUCAGGACUUCACAGUACCAGGACAGGUGCCUGAGGAGGAGGCAGGGCAGAACGGGCAGAGCCGUGGCAAAGGGCUGCCCAAGGCCGUGUGCAUGAACGGGACGGAGACAGGACAGCUGAGCACCAAAUCCAAGGCAGAGCGACGGGCGAGCGCCUCUUCCAACCCCUCCCGCAAGGCCUGCUCUGCCAGCAGCAAGAUCCGCAAGCUCUCCACCUGCAAGCAGCAGUGAGGCGGGAGCCCCCACGCUCUGCACAGCAGCAUCCCAGGGCCCAGGCCAGCCUGCAUCCCCCAUCCUUGCCCCAUCUCUCCAUCUCUCCUGGGAGUGGACUGUGCUUGCGAUCCAAAAAGAAUCCAGAGGAAACCAACCAAGGAAACAGCCCCCCACCCUCCCUGCGGCCCCCCGCUCCGGCCAGCGCCAGGAACCAGAAGCUGAUGGGUGGCCAGAUCCCACUUACCACCUCGGAAGAUGAAAUCUCCGGCUGUGAAGAUGCUGCCCCUCCUCCCCAAUCACUCUUUGCCAAUCAAGACACUGAUUCUCUUUUUAAUUUCGCGAUGGGAAGGGUGGGAUGAGGGGGCCGGGGGGCGGUGGGACCCCUGCCCCUCUCCCUGCUGGGCCCAGCCGUGCCCACCCUGGCUGUGUAGAAGUCGUGCAAAGCCAUUGCCGUGCACUUUAUGUUUUAGACUACUGUUAUAUAUUAUAUAUUUUCCUCCUUUUUUUUUUUUUGUUUUGUUUAUAUUUGCGGUAUAUUUAGAGAUUUCUACACAUUGUGAUGUGUUUAAAAUAAACCAGAUGAGGAAAAAAAAACAGGUAUUAAGACAAAGCAAAACUCUAUUAAACCUGCAUGCUGUAAAAGGGCUCGGAAAAGGGAA